AUGGCUGAGGAAGAGAGUCCGGCCCCGGCCGAGAAAGUGAUCCGUGUCCAGAGGGUGUUUGUGAACCAGCUGGACACGUACAGCAGUGGAAACAUCGGCAAGUUUCUAUCCAACUGCGUCAUCGGGGCUUCACUGGAAGAAAUCGCUGAGGAGGAGGAGGAUGAAGAGGAGAACAAGUCAGCGGUCCCGGAAGCUUUAUCGGCCAAACUCAAGGAAGGCACCUUCCAGGUCGUGGGCACGCUGGCCAAGCCCGAGAGCCGCCAGCCCGAGUUUGCGGUGGAGACCUACUCCGCCCUCUCUCGAGAAGAUCUCCUCAUGCGCCUGAUGGAGUGUGAGGUCAUCGUGUACAACAUCACGGAGCAGCCCCGGCAGGUGGACGAGGCCGUCUGGGCCGUGUCUGCCCUGAGUGAGGAAGUCGGCCAUUUUGAAAAACGGAAGGUGUUCAUCUUACUGUCCACAGUGAUGACCUGGGCACGGUCCAAGCCCCUGGACCCCGAGGACAGUGAGAUCCCACUCACGGAAGAGGAUUAUCGGAGAAGAAAGCACCAUCCAAAUUUUCUGGAUCACAUAAAUGCAGAAAAAAUGGUCCUCAAACUGGGGAAAAACAACAAGAAACUUGCAACUUACGUCGUUGCUGCUGGGCUUCAGUACGGCAUGGAAGGCGGCAUCUUGCACACGUUUUUUAAGACCGCCUGGCUGGGCGAGGUCCCUGCGUUAUCCGUUUUUGGCGAUGGAUCGAAUAUCAUCCCAACAAUCCACGUGCAUGACUUAGCAGGAGUGAUACAGAACAUAAUCGACCACGUGCCGAAGCUGCACUACCUGCUGGCUGUGGACGAGUCUGUUCACACCCUGGAAGACAUCGUUAAGUGCAUCAGUAAAAACACUGGCCCUGGGAAAAUCCAGAAGUUACAGAAAGAAAACGCUUUCCUAACCAAGGACUUAACGCAAGAGUUCCUUGACCACCUGUUGGUCAACCUGAGGAUGGAGGCGGUCUAUGUGAAGGAGAGUUUUAACAUACGGUGGGUUGCCCAGAACGGAUUUGUGGAGAAUAUCAACAACAUCCUCAAAGAGUACAAGCAGAGCAGAGGACUGCUGCCCAUCAAGAUCUGCAUUCUCGGCCCCCCUGCCGUGGGAAAGACCGCCAUCGCCACGGAGCUGUCCAAACACUACAAGCUGCACCAUGUCAAAGUGAAGGAUGUCAUCACAGAGGCCAUUGCUAAGCUGGAGAUGAUCGUUGCACCUAAGGAAGGAGGGGAAGAGGAGGAGGCUGAGGAGGAGGAGGAGGAGGAGGAGAGCAUGGAGGAUGCGCAGGAGCUCUUGGACAACAUCAAGGAGAGCAUGGAGCAGAACGCAGGCCGACUGGAAGAUCAGUAUAUAAUUCGCUUCAUCAAAGAAAAGCUAAAGUCUAUGCCUUGUAGAAAUCAGGGCUACAUUUUGGACGGCUUCCCAAAGACCUACGAUCAAGCCAAAGAGUUGUUCAACCAAGAAGAGGAUGAAGAGGAAGAAGAAAUCAGAGGCAAAGUGUUCCCCUUUGAUAAAUUAAUCAUACCUGAGUUCGUCUGCGCUCUGGACGCCUCAGACGAGUUCCUGAAGGAAAGGGUGAUGAACCUCCCGGAGAGCGUGGUGGCCGGGACCCACUAUAGCCAGGACCGCUUCCUGCGCGCCCUUAGCAACUUCCGGGAUAUCAACACUGACGACGAGACCGUCUUCAACUACUUCGAUGAGCUGGAGAUCCACCCCAUCCACAUCGAUGUGGGCAAGCUGGAGGACCCGCACAACCGGCUGGCCAUCAAGCAGCUGCUCAGAGAGAUUGGGGAGCCGCGUAACUUCGGGCUGACAGAUGAGGAGAAGGCAGAGCAGGAGCGACUGGAGGCCGAGGAGCGGCUUGCCCUGGAGGCUGCCCAGGAGGCCGAGCAGGAGCACAAUGAGGCCAUGGAGCUGGCUGGGAGGACUGCACGCUGGGAGGAGUGGAGGAAGCGGCUGGAGGAAGUGAAGCGGGAGGAGAGAGAGCUGCUGGAGGCCCAGUCCACCCCCCUGAGGAACUACCUGAUGACCUACGUCAUGCCCACCCUGAUGAAAGGCCUGAAUGAGUGCUGCCAGGUCAGGCCUGAGGACCCUGUGGAUUUUCUGGCUGAAUACCUCUUCAAGAACAAUCCUGAAAUACAGUGAGGAUGAGUCACCGAUCUUUCCCGGAGUUGGGACCGGAAAAUGUGCUUCAAAAUAUUUCCUCAUUUUUAAAAUUUUUCUGCAAAUGCUUGUUCUGAGAAUCA